AUGGCGCGCGACGGCUCGCGCGAGCUGUUCGACUCGCGCUCGCCUCCUCCCUCCGGAUCGCACUCAGCCACGGACGCCGCCUCUUCCGCUGCACCUCCAGACGCGCGCCCCGGCUGGGCCAUCCCACCUGCUGCAGACCCGGCCGAUCAGUUCAAGUACGCGCCUAACGUGCGCGGCGCGGCGAGGAGCGGGACUGGCGGUGCGGGUGGUACGGGUGCGAGCGACUUGCACGGCAGCGCCUUCGGGGUGGGAGGGCUCGCGAACGGUCAGCAUGGACAAGGUGGAGGAGACGCGAGGGGCGCGAGGCCGGCUGCGGACGAGGAGGAGGAGGAGGAGGACGAGUCGCAGGCUCAGCUUGAGGAGGACCAGCGCGACGAGAUCAUUCUCGCCACCUCGCCCGCCCUCGCGAACAAGUCGCAGCGCCUGAAGAAUGUCGUGCAGGAGUCGGCGAGGAAGGACAUCGACCGCAUGAGGCUCGGCAUUGGUCAUGGCAGCCCGCCUCUCGCUCUUUCGCCUCGCCCUCGCGCUCACAAGCAGGCUGCGUCGCACAAUGCCGGGCCGCCGCCGUCUUCGAACGUAGGAGCGCUCUUCGACGCACCCACGCCGUCGUCCGCCCAGACCGCCUCGGUGAAUCCUCACGCGUCCGCCCAGCACGCUUUCGCUGCCUCGAGCAAGCCUCGCGCCUUCGCGCCCGUCCACAACGAGUCCUCUCGUCCGUCCAAGCGCUCGUCGAUCGAAUCGAGCGACAAGCAGUCGAAGCGGGUCAAGACGAGCGACGCGGGUAUGGCCAAAGGGCAAGACGGCGCCGCUCCGAAGGCAACUUCGACGAGCGCCGGCCGCAAGACGUCGUCCGCUUCAGCGAAUGGCACGACGGGUCGCUCGAGCAGUAGCAAGUCUGCUUCGAUGGGGAUUGCUCCGACGGCUCAGCAGAAGAAGAAGAGCGAUGGCUCGGGCCCGGCGCCGAUGAGUGACAUCGUCAAGGAGCUGCUGACCUGGCAGCAGGAGAAGGAGGCGCGGGACGCCGACUUGCGCCAACUCCGCUCGCAACUCGACGACAAGGCCAAGGAGGUCGAAGCUCUCAACGUAGCCAAGCUCAAACUCAAGAGCGAGCUCGCCCAGCGUGUCAAAACGGCUCUCGAGCGCGCUGCCGAGAGCAACGAUGCGUUCAGGUCGACGAUAGAGGGGAUGAAGUCUGCGCUUGAGAAGAUCAAGGUCGACGUCGGCGAGUCAAUCUCGGCUGAGCGCCUUCGGCAGGAGCUCGACGACAUCAAGCAGUCGACGUCUGCCAAACUGCUGCCCGGCGACACGCUCGAGGCCUUCAUCGACGAGGCCACUCGCGCCCAGAUGGACCUGCUGAAGCAACUCGAGGAGGAGAACGACCAGCGCCAAGCCGUCAUCACGCAGCUUCGCGGCGAGCUCGGCGAAGCGAAGGGCAAUCUCGCAGAAGCCCAAUCUCGCCUCAAGGACCAGCAGCAAGCCAUCGAGCAGCUCGAGAACCGCAACUCGACGCUCUCGUCCGAACUCGACGAUCAGCAGAGCAGGUUCCGCACCGAAAAGAUGCGCCUCAAUGAUGACCUCGACAAGGCGCUCCUUGCGGCGCGCGAACGCGAGCUCGAGCACGAGGCGUCGGUCGCCGGCGUCAAGGCUGGCUAUGAGCAAAAGCUUGCGGACGGUCGCGCCGCCGCCGAGAUGCUCGAUUCCAAGGUUCGCGAGCUUGAGGAGGCAGUCCAGGCGGCCGAGGCGCGCCUCCGCGAAAAGGUCGACAACGCCAAGAAGGCUUCGGACGACACGAUGGCUGCUCACUUGCGCCAGAUUGACGAGCUUCAGACGCUUGUCACGGAGAAGGAGCAGGAAGCGCAGAAGCUGGCGAAGAGUGUCAAAUCGCUGCAGAUCAAGCACGACAAUGCUACGCGCGAGCUGGACUCGAUGGCGGCUGAGUUGAGCAAGGUUAAGGUCGAGCAGGGCGUCGCGGUGGAACAGCAUGCCACUCGCCUCAAGGCAAUUGAGACCGAGCACGAAGCCGAGCGCGCGUCCCUUUCGAGGCAACUUCGCGACAUCGACACCCAGUCGAGGGAGCUGCUCGCGGCCAAGGAGCGUAUCUGGAAGGACGACGUCGCCACGCGCGAGCAACAGCUUCAGACCUUGAAGGCGAAGGUGCAAGAGCUCGAAGGCAGCGCCGAGGCCCUGGAGCUGGAGAGGGACAAGCUCCGUCGCGACAACGAGCAGACGCAAGCCCGGCUCAAUAGUAUCGAGAACUCGAGGAUGUCGGCGUCCCCUUCGGCCAGUACUGCCGAGGUCAAGAAGCUGCAGGAGACCAUCGCCGAGCGUGACAAGGCUGUCGCCGCCGUCAACGAAGCCAGGUCUCGUCUCGCUCUCGAGCUGAACACGACGAAGCAGAAGCUCGAAGCCGCCGAACUCCAGCUUGCUCGUCAAGCGACGGAGCACACGCAGCAAGCCGACAUCAUCGCUCGCCUCGAGCACGACCUUCUUGUUGCGGAGCAGGACAUCAGCAAGCAGACGGCCGCUGCCGAAGAGUUCAAGGCGCAGGCGGACAAGCUCCGCGAAAAGGAGGCUCAGCGCGCGCAGGAAGACCAGGACCGUGAGGCCAUCUUCGAGAAGGAGAAGAAGCAGGCUGUUGCGAAUGCCAUCGACAGUGUCAUGAACAUGCGCAACAAGGAACUGAUGGACACGCAGAACGAGCUCAAAAGGCUGCAGAACAAGCACAGCGCGCUCGAGCGCCGCCUCCAGAAGGCGCAGAACGACCUCGCCAAGGCCAAAGAUCGCACCGUCCUCAACCAGCAUAUCGCGUCGUCCUCCGACUCGCCGCACUCCGGCACCUCGCUUCAAGCGGGUCGCAAUGCCGCGGUCGACUCGGACACUGGUGCAGUCACGGUGUCGGCGAUGAAGGGCAGCAAGCAGUCGCCUCUCGGUGCGAAGGGAAGCGGCAAGUCGGUCAAGAUCGUCGUUCCCGACCAACGCGAGACGACGAAGCACAGCCUGACAACUACGACGACGACCAAGCGGCUCGUUCGCGCGACUGCUACGACCAUGCGCCGCUCGCUCAGCACGACGGUCGAGGAGGAAGACGAGGACGAGGAGGAGCAAUCGCUGGAGGAGACCCUUGUCGCAGACGACGAUUCGCAGGAGGAGGACGCUGAACCGUUCUUCCACAACGACGGCGACGAGGACGAGGAGGACCCGAUCGAGCCGUCCAACACGCCUGCUCCGCCCAAGAAGAAGACGCCGUCUCGCGUCCCGAAGACCACCUACGGCGCGUCGAGCAGGAAGAAGAAGUGA